AUGUCGUAUAAUUCUGGCCAUCACAUGCCACACGAUGCUUCUUCUUCAAACUUAUCACAUACCAAUGCUGGUGCCUAUGGCCGACCUCCGCGAUCCCAAAUUGCGAGACCAGUCAAUCAUACCCCUAGGAGCAGAACAUCGUCAUUCUCAGAUGUCGAAGAUACUGGCCCUGUAUCAGCGCUGUCGGCUACCAAUCGAUCUACCAGUCGUGGAAAUCGCCUGUCCAUGCUUCCGCGCCCCAGUAUUGGUAGCACACCCUCUCCAAUUACGCCAGUGUCUGCUUCCUCUUCUCAGAAUUCCACCCAGCCAAUUCCUUCCUCGUUUUCGAGCCCGGAGAUUAAUAAGCCCUCGCCUUUCGUUGCUGGACAACAAUUGCCCCCGCCAAAACGAGCACGGAAUGUUCUUCGAAGGAGGGCACCGACAAUAGGGAAACAUGUGGAGCAAUUGCACUCUGACAAGCUUAGCCUUGUUAUUCCGCAAGAGCCUCAUUCUCUCGUUAUGAACAAUGCGUCAGGACACGGAAACUCGUCAUCCUCACUUUUAGGGCAAUCAGCUUCCUCUUACAAACCAAACCACAAGAAUGAUAGUAAUGUGGCGGUGAACUCGGUGAGGUCUAGGUUCAAUGGUCCGGUGGAACUGGCAAGUCUUCGAACGACAGUUGAUACGCAAAACUUGCCAGCACCUCCCACUCCCUUCUUAUUGUCAAGUAGCCCCUCGACAAGAUACUCGGAGUCUCCGAGUAUUUGGAGUCGGGGGUCUACCCCAACAUCAUUAUCGUCAUAUUCCCCGGGCAUUACAAAGAUUGGUCGUCUGAGACAACCGAGCCCGUCUCAAACAAGAUUGCCAGUCUUCUCUCCUCCACCGACACACGCAAGCCCUCAGCAAGAAAGACCGGAGUUCAAGACUCAAAAGCGGGUACUUGCUACAAAGCCUUCUGGUCCAAGCUCAGUAGGGACCGGCAAAAGCCAGGGAGUACCACCAUCUAAAUCUCCCUCCACAGUACCCCGAGGCCCACCUUGCAGUCCACCGCCAAGAAAGUCAUCGGUCAAUUUCAGCCCCUCAAAAGCUUCGGACAUCGACGUUGAGCAGGCUCGGAAGGAAGUGGAGGAAGCCGAGAGGCGUCUGUUUGACCCACAAAGAGUUAUGGAAUGUUCCCCCUCACGGAAUGCGGAGACACCACAAACUCCACCACGACCGAGCAGAGAUGGAACGCAUCGCUUAGAGAUUGAAACAUCGCCGAUUGUUCAAAGCAACCUUCGGUAUCUUAGAACAACGGGCCACACAAGACGCGAGUCGAUAGAAAAGACCCUAGCGACCCAACAGCCACAUCCAACUCCCAACCAGUCUACCGCUGCAUCCAUUGACUCACUGCAAUCAAGAAGCAUCUCUCAAGUCCCUUCGCGGAAUGACGAAUCUCUCAUACUAUCCAAAAAGACGCCUCGGACAUUAACCAAAGAAACUCCCAAAGAGAAGCUGGAUACAAAGCAAAUACCAACGCAAAAACGGUUCGGUCUGUUCGCAAAGAAGUCCAAGCCAGAUAUGUCAGAGAAUUUAACGGAUCAAGCUCGAGCAACUCGCAAAGGUCCAGCCGCAGGAACAGGCCACGAGGGCUACGGAAAAUAUGGACAGCGCGGCCGCAAAGCAAGCGGUAGUAGGAGCAGCGGAACGAGAACCAGAUCAACAAGCACGACACGGAGUGCCGCCAGCAAAGGGAGUCAAUCGAGUCGCCCGGAGUUGGACAUUGACGAUUUUCUAAUGAGCCGUCUGGAGCCUGUCAUUAUCAAUGGCGGUGGACUAGACGGUGCAUCGUUGUCACGAACACACAGCGAGCAAAGCUUCAGCAGCAUGAGCGUUGCGUCGACUUCGAACUUGCCGCAGCAAAAACUGCUAUCAUACUCGACUAGCCAGUCUACCGAGUCCCUCGCAACUUCGACGGGGACAUUUGGCGAGACUAUUACGCCAAGUUAUUCUAAUGGCGCUAGGCCGAUGGAAAGCAAGAGCCCUGAGUACCAAUCUAACGCGAGUGAUCGUCCAAAUGCAUCGAAGUCACGCAUGCCUGUCCCAAGAGGAAAGAGACACGGCAUUUUUGCGAACCCCCAGGCUGCUGUCACAAACACGUCUCUUCUUAGCCAUGAACCAAGCACUGCUGCCUCACAUGAACCGAAGCGUGCUGAAAAGUCCCCCGAAAAAACCACCAAGCCCGAGCAGGUCGAGAAGCAACAAGCCAAGAAAGGAAAGACAUCCAUGUGGAACUUCUUCCAGAAGAACCGCGCCAACGACCAUAAGAGCUCCAUUCCUCCAACAACCUCAUCCCAAACUGCGAAACUUCAUGCGGCGAUCUCCCCGGUUCUGAACACUCGGCCCGUGGCCCAUUACGCCUUGGUGGAUGCUGAUUCGGACGAGCUCGAUGAAAUCAUCAACAACAUCGAAGACUCACCACCAACCGAGGAGGAAACAAUUUUCCAUCCGGUGGAAGUUCCAAGAGGCUUGAGCAUCAGAAAAAGAAAGCCAUCAAUUCUGUUGCCAUCUCCGCCAAAGAUGCAUGGCGAGUUCGAAAAUGAUGAUCGGCCAUCGCCGAGAACCGCCAUGUUCAAUCGUAACCUUAUGGCCCCGGAGCUCGAGACGUCACCUGAACAACGCCCACGCUUGGCCUCUGUCGGUCGGAUCCCACAGGUAGUUUCGCGCCGCGAUAGAAAUCAUCACCCCGCCAUGCAGUCAUUCUCGCGUCCGUUCAGUGUUGUCGAAUCGCCUUCCCUCACGAUUCCAACGACGGAAGGCUCAUACGAAUCCCCACUUGUCGCCAAUGUUCCGUUGGAUUUGGGGAUUGGUCCAAGCGAAUCUUCAGACUGGGGCCAUGGGUUCAACCCGACUUUUAGCGCUUCCGAAGAGACCAGCGCUUUGGAGUUUCUUGCCGGACCGUUCUCAACGUAUGAGUUUCUUCAAUUUCCGCCGAAGAAAGGCUCAACAUCGUCGGAUAGCUCUGGAGCUCUGGCUGCAGUUACAGCCGUUGCGCCGAUUCCAGGUUCUCCGCCGACUGAGGACGAGGUGUGGAAUGAGUACGACGAUCUUAUUGAUCACGUUCUGUCACCAGAUGAACCGAAGCCUGAGGAGUCGGGAAAGACUGAAGAAGAGGACAGAUUUGAACUUGCAACGAUGGCAAGCAGGGCUCUUCAGGACGAGUUGAAUAAUGCCAAUCAUCCUCAGUCAGUGCCUGGUGGCAAUUCGGUCCGCUCGAGUGGCAGCUCUGUUCAUCUUCGCCGUUCUCAGAUUGUCUCUGCUUUGCAAUCAUCUACCGCCCCUUCGUCUCAGCCGUCUUACAAUGAUCUCGUUGCUGCAUAUAGAGGCUUAAAUGAUGAGAAGACCCAGCAGACUGCCAAUCCUACUGAACAGCCUUCUUCGACAGAUCAGCACCGUGAAGAGCAGUCUACAUUUCUCCACUCCCUCGCUGCUGUUCCUUCGCCUAGACUAAAGUUCCACCGAGAACAAGAAGCCGCAUCUUCGGAGCGUGAGUGGGACGCAGUGACGCGGACUAACAUGCGUUCUGCCUCGCUCAUGACUAGUCGCUGGUUAUCUUUCGGCCGAGUCCUUUUCAGCCCUGCACAUAACCAUGUCAAGGCCGGAGGACAAGGGCGAAUUCUUGUGGUCGACGGACUGGGAAAUGAUGACUGGUCUUUCUACUGUUCCUUGACGUAUCCCGAUGCCGAGGUAUACAGUCUAGGUGGACGUCCUGUAUCCGCGGCACCUCCCCACCCCGCCGCAUGGCAGCCCCCUACCAACCACCACACCGUGUAUCACGCAGGACUGGACAACCCCCUCCCCUUCCCAAAGGAUUACUUCACAGUCGCCGUACUACGAUUCCCCGCUGUCUGCUCCGAGACCGUGCAAGGCAACAUCAUCCAAGAAUGCAGACGCGUUCUCCGCACUGGCGGGUAUCUAGAAAUGAGCCUUCUAGACCGCGACAUGGUCAACAUGGGACCUCACACACGCAAAGCUAUCCGCCAACUCAAAGAAAUGACCUGUCUCUCAGACUCGACCCUCAGCCUGAAACCAACCAGUGACAGCGUCCAACGCGAGCUCGGAGCCCAGGGCUUCGACAGUCUCCGUCGCUGCAUGGUUCGAAUUCCAGUUGCAGGAAUGGUCCUCCGAUCCUCCGACUCCAGCUCAUCAGCCCACUCCAUUUCAACAGCUACCCCUUCCACUGCUUUCUCGCUGCCUACUAUAUCUGUCACAACUACUGGUGGUAGCCAAAGUACGGGAAUGGCCUCUAAAUCCCCCUCCAAUGAUGCGAAUAUCUCUCUCGGCGAUUUGCUCUCCGAUCCUUCCCCUUCUCCGGCAAACGAUGAGUCAAUCGCUAAGAUCGUUGCCCGCGUCGGACGCUGGUGGUAUUCGAAAUGCUACGAGGAUCCUAUUUUCUCGACUGCAAAUACUGAUCCGAGUAUUUGGAAUGACCGAAAGGUACUCCGCGAGUGCCAGAAGCGUGGGACCGGGUUCCGCAUGUUCAUUGCAUACGCCCAGAAGCCUAGUGAGGUUCCGCGACGCACGGCAAGUGUGUAA